AUGGUGAAAUCGAUAACCGCCCGAGAGUUGCGCCAGCACUGGAUGGAUCGCCGCGAAAUUGCCCUCCUCGAUGUCCGCGAAGAGGGUCCCUAUGCGGAAGCCCACCCUCUCUUCGCAGUGAGCGUGCCAAUAUCAGAGAUCGAGAUCAAAUUGCCACCGCUGGUCCCUCGGUUGGCCGUCCCUAUUGUCGUCUACGAUAAUGGGGAGGGGUAUGUUGAUCGAGCUGCAUCGCGGGUCUUAGCCCUUGGGUAUCGCGAUGUUGCCAUCCUGAAAGGUGGACUGUCCGGCUAUAGCCUCGUUGGCGAGGUUUAUCGCGAUGUCAAUGUCCCAUCUAAGGCAUUUGGUGAGCUCGUCGAAUCGAUCCGUCACACUCCUUCCCUCUCCGCGCGGGAGAUCAAAGACAUUCUGAAGAGCAAGCAGGACGUGGUGGUAUUGGAUGCCCGGCGUUUUGAGGAGUACAAUACAAUGUGUAUUCCGGGAGGCCAAAGCUGCCCAGGAGGAGAGCUGUUGUACCGUGUUUUCGAAGCUGCGCCCUCUCCAGAGACCACAGUUGUGGUCAACUGCGCCGGUCGCACACGAAGUAUUGUCGGGACACAAUCCUUGAUCAAUUCAAGGAUCCCCAAUAAAGUGAUUGCGCUGCGCAAUGGGACUAUUGGCUGGACACUGGAAGGUUUGGAACUGGAGACCAACAAGACAACGCGCAUUCCGCGGCCCUCAAGGGAGGCAUGCCACCGGGCACGGCAAUGCGCUGAAUCGUGGGCCAAACACGUCGGGGUCCCUUAUAUCAAUGGCGAAAAAUUAAGUCGACUGGCCGAAGAGCAGGAAGAGCGCACCCUGUUCCUGCUAGAUGUGAGGGACCCGGAGGAAUAUGCCCUCGAGCACCCCGCGGGAUUCACCAAUGCUCCGGGAGGCCAACUCGUCCAAGCGACCGACGAGUGGGUUGGCGUUCGAGGCGCCCGCAUUGUUCUGUAUGACACGGAUGGUGUGAGAGCUUCGAUGACCGCCAGCUGGCUCUUGCAGCUCGGGUGGGAGGUGUAUGUCUUCGAAGAUCGAUUCCCAGUCCCCGACGGGCUUCCGACACCUCAGGGUCCGUCAUGGCAUCCUCCACAAACUGGUGCAAUCACAGUCGAUGAAGUUCAGAGCCUCGCUCAUGCAACGAUCGUCGAUCUUGCGCGCAGUCCCGUCUAUCACAAAGGUCAUAUUCCGGGAGCAUGGUUUGCUUCUGUCCCUGAACUUGCUCGAGACUUGAAGGCUGUUGUUGGAGAUGGACCAAUCAUCUUGACCUCCCCAGAUGGCAAAGUUGCUGCUAUGAAUCUGGAAUAUGUGCGCAGCUCAAUCUCACGACAAGUAUGGUAUUUGGCAGGGGGGACAGCAGCCUGGAAAGAUGCUGGCCAUCCAGUUGAGACGGAGGCCCGGUGGCUUUCACAUCCUAUCGACGUGUAUAAACGGCCAUAUGAAGGGACGAGCAAUGCCCGCAAAGAUAUGCAAGGAUACCUGGACUGGGAGUAUGGGCUUGUUGCGCAGCUAGCGAACGAUGGGGUCGCUUGUUUUCAUGUUGUUCGAGACCUAAGGAUGUAG